GAAAACCGGUCCCAAAUCCUUAUGUACCUGCACCGACGUACAUAAAUACCUGCGCACACACAUAUAUAUAUAUAUAUAUUUUUUGCCGCAAAUACCGCGUUUCGAAAGCGGUUUUCUUAUUUUCGCACUUCGUCAUCCGCCGUCCCUCUUAGCUAGCGCAAGUCAGCGGCUGGAGACCAGUUGGAGAACGUCGUAGAGAGGAACCGGAAGGGAUCUCGCAGAAGGGAUUUCCCGUCUGAUGACAAAUGUUGACGAAGAUUUUAACGAGACUCGAUCCGCUUGACUGUGAUGUUUCGAAGUAGCGGAGAGAAGCAUCCUCGAAAUUGAACGCGAAAUUUCUUCUGAAUUCCUCGACGAGGGAAACCGAUGCGCUCUCUUGGCGUUCUGUGACUCUUUUUCUUCUUCCUGAAUCUCUAAGAACCGAAAACGGAUCUUCCUUAAGCCGAGUACUUUGUAAACGUCUAAAAUGAAAGACAGUAACAGCUCGGUGGAUAGCAGGCAAAGCCUGGAGGGCUACGUAAAUCACGGUUUAAGCGGAUCUACCAACAACGUGGACCUCAUUCAUUCAUUUCAAUCUCUUCACAAUUCGCAUGGAACUCAUCGCGACAUACAGGGCUCCUCAGAUUUCAUAUUGAUCGAGGAGCCGGGGGAUGACGAGGUCAAGCAGAAGGAAGGUCUUCUGAAAUCGACGUUGCAGCACGCGAGACGGCGUGCCAGGGCCAUAUGCACGAAGAAAACCCUUUACAAGAGGCUGCCGAUCUUGAACUGGCUGCCAAGGUACAACGGUCAAGAUGCACUCGGAGAUCUGAUGGCCGGAAUUACCGUGGGCCUCACCGUCAUUCCUCAGUCGCUGGCGUAUUCGAACGUCGCCGGUUUACCGCCGCAGUAUGGUUUAUAUGGCAGCUUCCUGGGUUGUUUCAUUUACGUAAUUUUUGGAUCCUGCAAGGACAUACCCAUGGGACCAACCGCCAUAAUAUCUUUGUUAACUUAUCAAACAGUAUCUCACUUGGACGCUCCAGUGCCGCAUGCGAUUCUACUGACCUUUUUGGUCGGAAUCGUGGAGUUAAUAAUGGGUAUAUUUGGAUUGGGAUUUCUAAUCGAUUUCGUAUCUGGACCGGUAAGCUCCGGUUUCACGUCGGCGGUAGCUUUGAUAAUCGUUACGUCGCAAGUCAAAGACAUCCUUGGUAUUCCUGCCAAGGGUUCUCAGUUUAUUGAAAUGUGGCGGAGUAUCGGUGGACUGAUACAUCAGACAUCUGCCUGGGACACUACACUUGGAGCAUCUUGCAUAGCACUGUUGUUAAUUCUGAGGUUACUAGCCUCAUGCAAAAUCGGCCCAAAAAGAGAGGAACUUCAUACCACAAAACAUCGCGUUGUUAAUAAAAUUAUCUGGUUGAUCGGCACUUCACGAAAUGCACUUUUAGUAGUAAUUUGUGGUUUAUUGGGCUGGAGUUUCCACGACAAAUCCCCUGUCAGACUGAUUGGUUUUAUUCCGGGAGGAAUGCCUACUGUACAAGUUCCACCAUUCGAAUACAUCAAAAGUGACAAUACGACAGCCACGUUUGUCGAGAUGCUCGGUAAUCUGGGCAGCGGAAUCAUCGUUAUACCGCUUAUCUCUCUAAUGGAAGACAUCGCUAUUUGUAAAGCUUUUGCCAACGGCAAGUCGGUGGACGCCACGCAAGAGUUGAUAGCGAUCGGUAUGUCGAACAUUGGAAAUUCCUUCGUGCAGGCCUUCCCGGGGACGGGAUCUCUCAGCAGGAGUGCGGUGAACAACGCUUCCGGCGUCAGGACGCCGUUCGGUGGCGUUUACACUGGUAUGUUGGUGAUCUUAGCUUUGCUGUUCCUCACCCCGUACUUCAGCUUCAUUCCACGCGCCACUCUGGCGGCGAUCAUUAUCGCCGCGGUCAUCUUCAUGGUCGAGGUCAAAGUGGUGAGGCCGAUGUGGAGGACGAAAAAAUCGGACCUCAUCCCGGGGGUGGGCACGUUCAUCGCGUGUUUGGUGCUGCAAUUAGAGAUCGGAAUCCUCUGCGGUAUCGGGAUAAAUAUUCUCUUCAUUCUAUACCACGCCGCCAGACCGAAAAUAUCCAUAGAGAAGCUCAAGACUGGUCACGGUAUCGAGUACCUGAUGCUGACCCCGGAUCGUUGCUUGAUCUUCCCAUCGGUGGAUUACGUUCGCAACUUGGUGACCAAAUACAGCCGACGUGCUGAAAGCGUCGCAACGCCCGUGGUAAUUGACUGUUCGCACAUUUACGGUGCGGAUUAUACAGCCGCCACGGUUAUCGAGAUCUUGACGAAGGAUUUUGCCAAGCGGGGCCAACCGCUCUUCUUCUACAACCUAAAACCGUCAGUGUACGCCGUCUUCGAAGGCGUCGAACCCACGGACUUCGUCGUCUACUAUAAUCAGGAAACGUUGGACGAUUUGCUGAAGGAGAAAGGCUACAUGAAGCAGAUCAAGUAGAAGGCCUGUUUCCAAUCCAUGUGAAAGAAGCACUCGUACUUAUGAAGCGUUGUACUUCAAGGCUGCUAUUUCGACGCGACAGCCACUUAGCAAAUAAAUAAGAAUCGAAAGACGUU